AUGGCAGAAAACUCUUCUUCUCAUCGUUCGAUGGGUCAUCGCUUUCAUCCGACGGACAGGGAAGUGCUCAAGUAUCUAGUAGGGUUUGUGAGAAACGAGCCACUUCCCCUUCAGAAUGAACUCAUGCAAGUGGCGGAUCUCUACGCCGACAAGGAGCCAUGGCAGAUUUUUGAAGCUUAUGAUAGGGGAAACAACAACAACAACAACACUCGUUACUUCAUAACUCCGCAAAAGAAAGAGAAACCUACGUGGAAAAGAGUUUCAAGAACUGUUGGGAAGGGCACUUGGAAGCUUCAAAACAAAGGUCGAGAUGUGUUUGAUGAUAAAGGGAGACUCAUGGGCUACGUGAAAAGUUUGAAGUACAUCCCCGCUAAUAAAUCGUCAAACAACGUGAAUGGCGAGUGGUUGAUGACUGAGUACUCUUUAUUUGAUCGUUAUCUGGUUGCUGGGGAGAUUAAGAACAAAGGUUUUGUAAUUUGUAAGAUCAAGAAGAAGGGCAAACCUGGUGACAAGAAAAAAGGAAACAAUAUUGAGGAGGUAGUUAAUGAUGAGAAGAUGAGAGAAAUUGAAGAAUUUAUCAAGUCCGUGCUGCAAGAAGAUGUUCAAGUUGAAGACAAUGGAAUAAGAUCGAGUGGUACUAUAGCAAAGGAUNGGAUAUUGUUAAUGACGUGGAUGAUGAGAAUGUUCAAUAUUGCGUAG